GUCUUAUUUAUCCUCCCAGCUGAGCGACACCGUAAAUAUACAUCAGAAGGGGCGGAUGAUGAGCUGCUAGUCUGAAUCCUCAACAUGGACUUAUACAAGGCAGCUCUUCUGUUUGGAGCCUUCAUCUGCUCUGUUGGUGGAACAGAAGUAGACGGUUACUCCAAAACCGAAGGCGCGUGGGUUCUCUCUCUGAACAAGAGACAGUACAUGGUAAACAACGUAACCAGAUGUGCAGCCAAAUGUGAAGCUGAAACGUCCUUCACGUGCAAAGCUUUUGUUUAUGUGGAGAAGGAUCAGGAGUGUUGGACAGCAGCAGCAAAUUCAAAGACGGAGCUUGUUUUGCGCAGACAGAGCUCCGCUUUGUAUGAAAAAAAGAAAUACCUCCUGGAGUGCAUCAGUGGAAAUGGAGCAGAUUACAGAGGAACCAAAGACAGAACAAAAACAGGAAAGCUGUGUCAGAGAUGGGAUGCAAAAUUUCCACACAGACCCAAUUACUCACCACAAACUCAUCCCCUGAGUGACCUGGACUCAAACUUCUGCAGAAAUCCUGAUUCGGAUAACCAAGGUCCCUGGUGUUACACCACUGAUCCAGAAGUCCGCUGGGAACAUUGCAAUGUCCCCAGCUGCACCGAGGACUGCAUCGUCUGCAGCGGUGAGGACUACAGAGGAAAAACCUCCACCACUGAAAAUGGCUUCACCUGCCAGCGCUGGGACUCCCAGAAACCUCAAAAUCACGGCUACAACCCUUCAACUCUUCCAGAUAAGUUCCUGGAGGAGAACUACUGCAGAAACCCAGAUGGAGAUCCGCGGCCGUGGUGCUUCACCACCAGCCCGUCCAAACGCUGGGAUUUCUGCUCCAUUCCUCGCUGCACAUCGGAGCCUCCCACCAUCGUCCCGGAGACGACCUGCAUCACCGGCGAGGGUCAAGCGUACCGAGGAACGAUCGCCGUCACGGAGACGGGUAAAACCUGCCAGAGCUGGGCGGCCCAGACGCCCCAUAAACACAACCGCACACCUGAAAACUACCCCUGCAAAGGUUUAAUCAAUAAUUACUGUCGUAAUCCUGACAACGAAAGGAGGCCCUGGUGCUACACCACCGACUCUGAAACUCGCUGGGAGUACUGCAGCGUGCCUCGCUGCGGAGACGCUCCAGAUCCGGCUGAAGGCGUGGUUCCCCCUGAAGAAGACGAAGACUGUUACGAAGGGAACGGCAGCAGCUACCGGGGAAUAACGUCACAGACGAUCAGCGGGAAAAAAUGCCAGUGGUGGAGUUCACAGACGCCUCAAAGACACAACAAAACUCCAGAGAGUUUCCCCUCAGCGGACCUCAAGAGGAAUCUGUGCAGGAACCCUGAUGGAGACCGAGCGCCGUGGUGCUACACCACCGACCCCGCAGUCCGCUGGGAGUACUGCAACCUCGAAAAAUGUUCCCCCAAACCCACAGGAGCGCCAAGCCCAACUCCGGCUCAGACAGACUGUAAGAUUGGAAAUGGAGCGACGUACAGAGGCCCGACCUCCAUAACGUUGACGGGCGUGACUUGCCAGGCGUGGAGCGCUCAGAGCCCGCACCACCAAAACAGCUUCACGCCAAGGACCCACCCUGAUAAAGGUCUGGAGGGAAAUAGCUGCAGAAACCCAGACAACGAUGUGAACGGACCGUGGUGCUACACCACUGACAGGAACAAGAAGUGGGAUUACUGCCAGAUCCCUGAUUGUGCUGGAAUGGACUGUGGGACGCCGGUAUACAAGCCGAAGCGCUGUUUUGGUCGUGUUGUUGGUGGCUGCGAGGCCAAACCUCAUUCAUGGCCCUGGCAAAUCAGCCUCCGAACCAGCAGAGGAAUCCAUUUCUGUGGUGGGACUCUGAUUCACCCACAGUGGGUCGUCACUGCUGCACACUGCCUGGAAAGGUCCACACGGCCCUCAGCCUACCAGGUAGUCCUGGGAAUCCACAGGGAAGCAGCUACAGAACCAUCCAAACAAAUACGGCAGCUGGAGAAACUGGUGCUGGGACCUAAUGGAGCGGACAUCGCUCUGCUCAAACUGCAGAGCCCAGCUGUUAUAAAUGACAAAGUGCUUCCUGUUUGUCUGCCAGAAAAGGACUACAUUGUUCCCAGUGGAACAGAGUGUUAUGUCACUGGUUGGGGUGAGACGCAAGGUUCAGGAGGUGAAGGUGUGCUGAAGGAAGCUGGAUUCCCUGUGAUCGAGAACAAGAAAUGCAAUCAGCCAUCUUACCUGAGCGGAAGAGUUAGAGACCACGAGAUGUGUGCCGGAAACAUUGAUGGAGGAAUCGACAGCUGCCAGGGUGACAGCGGAGGUCCUCUGGUGUGUCAUGAACAGAAUAAGUAUGUCCUGCAGGGUGUGACAUCAUGGGGUUUGGGAUGCGCCAACGCCAUGAAACCUGGAGUCUACGCUCGAGUUUCCAAGUUUGUGGACUGGAUCGACAGGACAGUAAAGGCCAACGUGCAAAUAAUGAACAGCAGGUGUGAGGUCCUCACCAUGGACUUCUACAAGGUAGCAUUUCUGCUGGGAGCCUUCAUCUGUACUGGGCUGCGAGCUGACCAGCCUCACAACGCUGCAGGAUUUCAGUGUGAAACGUCCAAAGUUGACCUUGUGAUCCUAUUGGACAGCUCUUUGAGGACUGGCUUAAGGGACUUUAACCAAAUUAAAUCGUUUAUAUACCAGAUAGUUCAGAACCUUCCCAUUGGUCCCAGCAAAGUGCAAAUAGGUUUGACUGAGAUCGGUGAGUCUCCACACACUAAUUGGAACCUGAACAGACACAAUAACAAGCAGUCCCUGCUGGAGGCCAUUAAUGUAAAGCGACAAUCGGAUAGAUUCGGAAUGAUAGGAAAAGCUCUGGAUCACGUCCUUAAACACAACUUUCAGCCCAGUGCAGGGAUGCGUCCAGACGCAAAAAAGAAAGUCAUUCUGGCCACUGGUGGAGUUUCUUUGGAUAGCGUAAAAAGACCUGCACAGAAUCUGAAAGACAGUGGAGUAGAGAUAUAUGCUAUUGGUGUGGGAAGACAUGUUCAUGAUCAAUAUUUCAUUGACCAUCUGAGGAAAAUUACUUCUGAAGAUACUGAAAAUCAUGUAUAUCUUCUUUCAACUGACCAAUCCUUCCAUAAUGCUGUCAUCAAUAUAUCCAGAAACCUCUGUCAAGAUGAUACCAAUCCGGAAAAACAAGAGCUGCAAGCUGAUCAAACCAACUCAACAGACAAUAUAGCCCCAUUGAAGGGCUACUCCAAAACAGAAGGGACGAUGGUGCUUUCAGAGAAUAGAAACCAGUAUGCAGUAAAGUCUGUGACUGAGUGUGCUGCCAAAUGUGACUCUGAAACGUCUUUCACUUGCAAAUCUUUUGCGUAUCUGGAGCAGAACCAGGAAUGUUGGACAUGGGCAUCAAACUCAAAAACUGGACCUGUUGUGCAGAACUGGAACUCAGUUUUAUAUGAAAAAAACAAAUAUCUCCUGGAGUGUGUUAAUGAAAAAGGAGCAGAUUACAGAGGAACAGUGAACUGGACAAAAUCAGGAAAACUGUGUCAGAGAUGGGAUGCCAUGUUUCCUCACAAGGCAAUGUUCACACAGGAACAUCGCCUUGCAGACUUGGAGUCCAACUUCUGCAGAAAUCCUUUUGGGAUUCUCAGGAGCCCGUGGUGUUACACGACUGACCCAGAAACCGUCUGGGAGCUCUGUGACAUACCCAGCUGCACCGAGGAGUGUAUGCACUGCAGAGGAGAAGAUUACAAAGGAAAAAUCUCUGUAACGGAAAAUGGCUUCACCUGUCAGUGCUGGGACUCUCAAAUCCCUCACAAUCAUGGCUUUGUCCCCACAGUUUUUCCUGAAAAGUUUCUGGAGGAGAACUACUGCAGAAACCCAAAUGCAGAUUCACGACCCUGGUGCUACACCUCCAGCCCAUCUAGACGAUGGGAUUAUUGCUCCAUUCCUCGUUGCACAUCAGAGCCUCCAUCUAUCAUGCCAGAGCUGAGCUGCAUCACUGGUAAUGGUGAAUCCUACCGUGGUACCAUUGCUGUGACUACAUCUGGUAAAAAAUGCCAGAGGUGGGCGUCUCAAACGCCUCACAGGCAUGAUUAUACACCAGAAAGCUACCCCUGCAGCCACUUGGUUCAUAACGUUUGUCGUAAUCCUGGGAAAGACCAGAGACCCUGGUGUUACACUACUGACCCUGAAACUCGCUGGGAGUACUGCAAUGUGUCUCGCUGUGCAGACACCUCGAAUUCCCCUGAACCAGAAGCAACAUUCGAUGAUGCCAAGGUGAAGGGCUACUCUAAAACUGAAGGAGCGAUGGUUGUCUCGGUAAAAGGAGGAAAGUAUUCAGUUAAAUCUGUAACAGAGUGUGCUGCCAAGUGCAACAAUGAAACAUCAUUCUUAUGCAAGUCUUUCGCAUAUGUGGAAAAGGAUCAUGAGUGUUGGACAACAGCAUCAAAUUCAAAAACAGGGACUGUUGUCCACAGAGCCAGCUCAAUUCUGUAUGAAAGAAUUGAUUUUCUUUUGGAGUGUGUGAAAGAAAGUGGGACACAUUACAGAGGAAAACAAGCAAAAACAAAAUCAGGAAAACUGUGUCAGAGAUGGGACGCAGACACCCCUCACAAUCCCAUGUUCAAACCAGAGAACUACUCCCUGGCAGACUUGGAUUCAAACUUCUGCAGAAAUCCAGAUUCGAAAAGCCAAGGACCCUGGUGUUACACCACUGAUCCAGAUACCGUCUGGGAGCACUGCGAUAUUCCCAGCUGUGCUGAGGACUGUAUGCAACCUGGAGUUGAUGUCUACAAAGGAAAAACCUUCAUUACUGAAAAUGGUUUUAUAUGCCAGCGCUGGGACUCCUUGGAACCUCACAGUCAUGGUUAUACACCUAAAGUUUUUCCAAACAAGUUUCUUGAGGAGAACUACUGCAGAAAUCCAAACGGAGAUUCCCGACCUUGGUGUUACACCACAAGUCCAUCCAAGAGAUGGGAUUAUUGCUCCAUACCUCCCUGCAACUCAAACCCUCAGCAGGUCUGCAUCACUGGCCGUGGUGAGGCGUACCGCGGCAUAGUUGGCGUAACGGCAAGUGGUAAACCAUGCCAGAAGUGGGCAGCUCAAACGCCACAUUACCAUCCAGACAUUGUGCCAGAGCGGUUUCCAAACGCCGAUUUAGAUGAAAACUAUUGUCGCAACCCUGAUGGUAGACAGAAACCCUGGUGUUACACCACUGACGACGAAACACGCUGGGAGUACUGCAGCUUGCCAAACUGCAAUGACAUCCUCGCUUCAGGGGAGUGUAUGCACUGCAACGGUGAGGACUACAGAGGAAACGUUUCCUGGACACAAACGGGAUUCACCUGCCAGCGCUGGGACUCAAAGACCCCUCACAAACCAAAUUAUGGAGGUCAAACUGUGGAUGAGAACUACUGCAGGAAUCCGAGUAACGAUCACCUACCGUGGUGCUACACCACAGAUCCAGCCAUAAGAUGGGAUUAUUGCGCCAUCCCCCGCUGCUCAUCAGCGCCUCCUCCUAUCACUCCUGAGCUGAACUGUAUAACUGGUAAUGGUAAAAACUACCGCGGCACAAUUUCUGUGACUGAGAAAGGUAAUAAAUGCAAAAGGUGGUCGGAAACUCGCUAUACACCUGAACUAUACCCCUGCAGUGAUUUAGACAAUAAUUAUUGUCGUAAUGUGCUGGGAACGGGAAUCCGACCAUGGUGUUACAUCCAUAACAACGAUUGGGAAUACUGCAACGUGCAGCAAUGUUAUGUCUCCUCUAUUGGAGGUACAGUAAAUACAAAAUAUGUCUAAGUUAUGUAUGUAAUUAAAAGUGUUUACAUUGAAGUUAACUGGUCUUCAUUUUGGUUUUCUGAAGAUAUUUAAUCUCUAAUCAAAAAGGUUUGUUCAGUUGUAAACGAUGGUUGGAAGUAUCAGGCUAAUGAAGUCAUGCUAACAGGAGUGUUGUCACCAAUUGGGCCAUAAAGAACACAAGCUGUUGCUCAUUUUCUCAGCAACAUUUUCUGAGUUUAACAACUGUUCAAUGCAGCAUUAAAAUGGCAAGAAUAGUUUAAAAAGAGAAUCUGGUUUGAAAAAGUCUUGUACGAUCAGCAGUAAACAAUCAGGUUUCUGAUAUGUGAUGGAGCUUUAUGAGUUUGAAGGACAAUUUGGUUUUGUGAUUUUUGUGAUUUGUUGCAACCAAACAUUUCAGUACUGUAAAUGUUUAGCUACGAUUAGCUACAGAAAUCAAUUUGUUUCUCAGUUGUGAAUUUUGCUUAAGUAUACUCAAAAGUAUCUUGAAAAUUUUUCUGAAGU